GUCAUCCUCACUUUUUCAAUCAACUCUCGUGCGGCCUGGACAUCAUUUCGAUGGCCGGGGAAUGGCUGACAGCCACCGCCAAUACAAAUAUGUUCACCUACGAAAUCGCACCGGUGUUCAUCCUGAUGGAAAAUGUGGUUAUGACCCACAUGAGGGAAAUCAUCGGCAGCAAUUGGAAAAAUGGCGAUUCCAUUCUCGCUCCAGGCGGUUCCAUCUCGAACCUGUACGCCUUCCUCGCGGCUCGCCACAAGAUGUUCCCCAACUACAAGGAGAAGGGAAUUGCAACCAUUCAAGGGCAGCUGGUCAUGUACACCUCAGACCAGAGUCAUUACUCCGUGAAAUCCUGCUCUUCCGUCUGCGGCUUGGGCACAGAUAACUGUUUGAUGGUUCCAUCAGACAUCCACGGCCGAAUGAUACCUGCCGAACUGGAACGUCUCAUCUUGGACAGGAAGGGCAAGGGCCACAUCCCGUUCUUCGUUGCGUGCACUUCCGGCACUACGGUGCUCGGCUCCUUUGAUCCAAUCAACGAGAUUGCCGAUAUCUGCCAGAAAUAUGGAAUGUGGCUUCACGUUGACGCUGCAUGGGGUGGCGGCCUUCUCCUCUCCAAGAAGUACAGGCAUCCUCGUCUCACUGGAAUCGAAAGGGCCGAUUCCGUCACUUGGAAUCCGCACAAGCUGAUGGGAACCUUGCUGCAAUGCUCCACCAUUCACUUCAAAGAGAACGGUCUUCUCAUGAGCUGCAACCAAAUGGCAGCCGAUUAUCUCUUCAUGCAAGAUAAACUUUAUGACGUGGAAUUUGAUACCGGAGACAAGGUCAUCCAGUGCGGCAGACACAACGAUAUCUUCAAGUUGUGGCUUCAAUGGAGAGCUAAGGGAGAUGAAGGAUUUGAGAAGCACAUGGACAAGUUAAUGGAACUUUCCGAGUACAUGGUGAAACGCAUCAAGGAACAACCGGAAAAGUUCUACUUGAUCCUGGAGCCGGAGAUGGUCAACGUCAGCUUCUGGUACAUUCCCAGCCGUUUGCGCAACGUAGCCCAUUCCGCCGCACGAGAGGCAGAACUUGGAAAGAUCUGCCCGAUUUUGAAAGGAAGAAUGAUGCAGUCCGGCACAUUGAUGGUCGGUUAUCAACCGGACGACAGAAGACCGAACUUCUUCAGGAACAUCAUCUCAUCUGCUGCAGUCACCGAGAAGGACGUCGACUUCUUGCUUUCCGAGCUCGACAAACUUGGAAACGAUUUGUAAACAAUUCCCUAACAGAAGAUAAAACAAACAAAAAAGACAACCUUUACUAACUUUAAAUAAUAUAUAUAUAUAUGUGUGUAAUAAUCGUAUUUCCUCAAUUCAAUCACAAAAUUCCAUUAAAAAAAAAUGUACACAUUUCGUCGUAGAAAAUAAUCUAAACGUACAACAACGACAGCAACAUCUUUAGACGAGAGAGGAAAAAAGGCAAGAAACCAGUUUCGAGGAAUGUCACUGGAUUUGCAUAUAUUCAACCAAUAUUAUCAAGUGGAAAAACAUAUCAUAUGGAAAUCUGCAUAAGGUUUUCAUUUAAAUUCGCGUACUUCCACAGUGGCGAUUCGAGAAUGAGAGAAUAGAAAAUUUUGUGAUUGGAAUUCAUCUUCUUCUUAUAAUAUAUAUCCAAAAAAAACAAAAAAUAAUAAAGGGAAAUGGGAUUCCCCUGACAAUUAAAUAAAUAUAUAUAUUAUAUUUAACUCGUUCUGUAUCUGUACUGUUGUUAUAUCACCGAAAUGAAAUUAUGAGGAGAGUUGUUAUCGCUGUCAAAUAUAUUAUAAAUGUAUAAAAAAAAUAUAUGUGGAUAUGAUACGUUAUAUAAAUGUUAGUUAAAUGGGGGCCCCUGUGGUAAUGGGCCCGUCUGUACGUAGCGUAAAUUUCUAAUAAUGUAAAUGUACUCGAAGUCAUAAACUAAAAUGUGUAGCUGACGCAAUAAUGUUGUAUAUUAGAUGAAAUUAUCUAAUUAUUAUCUUCUUAUAACUUCUGAACGGAAACAGAAGCGGGCCAAAUUGCUGCGAUUUUCAUUUUCGAAAUUUCGCCUGCUUUUCAUUUCUUUAACGAAAUACUUAUGCUUGUUUAUCGUGGAUAAUAAUAAAAAACAAUUUGAUAUUACGUUGACAACUGUAAAUUUAGUUAUUGUUUUUUGUUUGCAAAGUUUAUUCAUUUAGGGGAAAUUAUUUAAGGACUGCCCGACGAUGUAUUGAAUAUUUAAGGGAUGUGUUAUAAUGAA